AUGUCAGCCGAAGUUUCAAUUUCCGGGUAUUCGUUCCAGGAUGAGGCGUGGAUUUUCGAGUUCAUCCAGUAUUUUGCAAUUUUUGGCCUGUUUGUCAACUUAUUCGGGCUGUAUGUGGUUUCCACUCAUAAUCCACCCGCUCUCAAAUCCAUCGGCCGCCUGAUGACACUGUAUCAGGCUUAUCAGGUUGCCCUCUUCAUCCAUGUCAUCGCGCUGGUGCUGGUGCUCUUUCUGCACAGAUACUUUUCGAUCCUGCCUCGAGGUCACCCGGCGAAACUUGGACCUUGGGGCUCCACCGCGCUUUUUGCCUUUCUGCAACUACUACCGUACGUCCAGUUUGGUUCCGUCUGCACGUGGAUUUUUUUGAACACCAAUCUGACAGAAAAUAGGAUUUACGCCAAAGAGUUAUAUCCUGCGCUAAGCGAUAUAAUCGAUCUGGAUACGUUCUUCAUGGUGAAACCGCCUUACUCGCAUAUCGCUGUUGCCAAUAUUCUUUCUUGGAUCAUCAUCGUGGCUAUUGCGGCAACGUGCAUCUUCGAGAAACGCACGAUGGUGAUGUCGCAAGCAGUCGUGGUUAGCGUUCAAGCCAAUGGAAAAUUCGGUCGCUAUUCGCUGUCGCCACGCGUGACAAUAACACGAAGCACGUCGAAGGAAUUUCAUCGU